AUGGGUCCGUAUCAAUUGGUAUCAGAGCAAUCAUCUGGGAGCAUGGCUGGAGGAAAAGAAGUGGGAGGAACCCAACUCAAGAGGGUGGAAUCCUUGGAGGCAGAGUUAGGCCAUUUGAACGACAGAAUAGAGAAUCAAGGACACCAGAUCCAACAACAAGCUGAUUCUAUCGCUUCAAUACAGACGAAGAUGGACCAGAAGUUUGAAGAGGUGUUAAGGGCCCUCGGUAAAGGGAAGAAGUCAACAGAAGGAGAAUUCUUAGACGAACCUGUGAUUUCCACGAUGGAAACCCCGAAGGAUAACAGUGGAGGAUCAAAACCGGCCGGGAGCGGGGGUUUUGGAACAGGCGGAAGCAACGACGGCGGGGGCCGGCAACAGGGAGGCGAUUAUGGCGGUGGAACCAAUUGGAGGUUCAGAAAACUGGAUAUGCCCUUGUUCGACGGUGAAAAUCCUGAUGGCUGGAUCUUGAGGGCUGAACGAUACUUCAACUUUUACAAACUAUCAGAGGCUGAUAAGCUGGAGGCGGCGGUAGUAGCGCUCGAAGGUGACGCCCUCCUGUGGUUUCAGUGGGAGCACAACCGUCGACCAAUAACGCGAUGA